UGCAGUGUAGUUAAUAGUUAUAUAGUUAAUAGUUAUGUUCAAAAUAUUUGAUUGCACUCCAGCAUAUUUCACAAGCUUGCAAUCUUGCCUGUAAGGUGCAUGGGUGUGCGUGCGCGAAUGUGAGUGUGUGCGUGUGUGUGUGCUGGUUUGGAAUGUUGAUUUGCACGAAAUUCAAAUUGUGACCAUCCUUGAAAUCUUACUUGUGAUACAGACAGAAGCACACACACAAAUUUAGUAGUUAAUUAUGCAAAACUAAGUUAAAAAUUGAAAAAGAAACGCAACAAAAAUGGAUGAGCACACAUUGAAUGACCUGUUGGAGUGUUCUGUGUGCUUGGAACGCCUAGACACCAGUUCAAAAGUAUUGCCUUGUCAGCACACCUUCUGCCGGAAAUGCUUGCAGGACAUUGUGGCUAGUCAGCAGAAGCUGCGUUGCCCAGAAUGCCGUGUAAUGGUAAAUUGCCGUAUCGACGAACUGCCGCCAAAUGUAUUGCUUAUGCGCAUUUUAGAAGGAAUGAAGCAACAAAGCGUUAGCAACAAAGACAAUAAAAGCGAAGAACAGACUGCACCAAUCAAAAGUAAAGAGUUGUCGGAGCCCACGAAGCCUCAUGCACAGCCAACGGAGUCGCCACCAACUGUAGUAGUAACUGCAGCUGCUGCCACUGCUACUGCACGCCAUAAGCCACGUCGGUUUCUUCUGCCACACGCCUAUGCUCUAUUUGAUUUCAUCAGCAAUGAACCCAGCGAUCUGAAAUUCAAAAAAGGUGACCUAAUUUUGCUCAAGCAACGCAUCGACAAUAAUUGGUUUGUGGGACAGGCCAAUGGACAAGAGGGCACCUUUCCCAUUAACUAUGUUAAAGUGGCUGUGGCAUUGCCAAUGCCGCAGUGCAUUGCCAUGUAUGACUUCAAGAUGGGACCCAGUGAUGAGGAGGGCUGCUUGGAGUUUAAAAAGAGCACUGUUAUACAUGUGCUGCGUCGCGUCGAUCAUAAUUGGGCUGAGGGCCGUAUCGGGCAAAGUAUAGGUAUAUUUCCAAUUGCCUUUGUGGAGUUGAAUGCAGCGGCCAAGAAAUUGCUGGAUAGCGGUGUAGCGCAGCCCACCAUGCCAUUGCUGCAGCAACAACAACGUGCGCUGCCGCCGGUGCCUCUAAUUGAUCCCACGCACAACAAUAAUGAGAGCAGCACUGGCUCUUCCUCUUGUUCGCCGAGUAACACCAACAGCAGCAACUCGAGUUCUAGCUGCAGCUCCAACAACUGCAGUCCGAAUCAUCAAAUAACGUUGCCGCCGGUUGCUGUGGCCAGUGGCAGCAGUUCGGUUCGCUAUCGCGACAAGGGCGCCCGUGAGAAACGUCAUUCCUUAAAUGCGCUGCUGCAGCAGGCUCCGCUAAGUUUGCUGCAAAGUAAUCGCCAUUCCGCCGAGAUUCUCAGUCUGCCACAUGAAUUAAGUCGCACGGAGCCCAGUGCGGGGCACAUGCCACUGCCUGAUCCAACACACACAGCGCGUGUAUUAAAAACUCAAGUGCAUCAGCCGCAACUGCCACCUACGUUGCCUUGGGGCUAUCUAGCGCUCUAUCCCUACAAAACAAGGCAAACCGAUGAGUUGGAACUAAAAAAGGGAUGUGUCUACAUUGUUACCGAACGCUGCAUUGAUGGAUGGUUCAAAGGCAAAAACUGGUUGGACAUAACGGGCGUUUUUCCUGGUAAUUACUUAACACCCUUGCGCACGCGUGAUCAGCAACAGCUUAUGCACCAUUGGAAAUAUGUGCAGCCCAUGCCGAAACAAUCGCAAGCGCCUUCUCUAGAUGUGCAGCUCAGUAAUAUGCUGCCCAUCCAGCCGCCAGAUUUGCCACCGCGUCAGCAGCAGCAGCAACAACAACAGCAGUCAAGUUCUACUACUAGCUGUAGUUCGGUGUGGACCAAGCCCGUCGAGGCACUGUUUAGCCGCAAAUCCAGUGGAAGCAAUGACAAUAAAGCAGAGUCAAGUAGUAGUACAGGCAGUUCUGGAGCUGUUGGAUUAAUGCGACGCCUGACGCACAUGAAAACACGUUCCAAAUCGCCAGGCGCACCACUGCAGCAACAGCCCAAGGAACCAACAAGCACGUACAAUCUGGCAAGCGAAGUUAACCAGACUGCUCCAUUGCAUCCAGUACAUGUUAGAUCUGGUAGCUGUCCCAGUCAGCUGCAACAAAGUCAGCCGCCCAAGGAGCCACCAGCAACUACGCCCGCACAUGUGGCACAGCUCAGCGCAACAAACAGCGUGUCCUAUGGCUCACAGCGCAUUAAAAGCAACAAGGAACGACCCCAACUGCUCUGUGCCCGUCAGUCACUGGAUGCAGCCACAUUUCGUAGCAUGUACAACAAUAGCGCAGUGUCGCCAGCGCUACCAUCAAGCCAUACACAAACCCAUACGCAGGCACAAACACAGCUGCAUGCCAACAUGAUGGCGCCCAGUCAUCGUAAAACACAAAGCCUGGACGCUGGUCAUGUGCUCUGCGCCAGUAAUAGCAACAAUGGUGUCAUUACGGAAGCAGCAAUCAAGGCUAGUGCCACCACAAAAUCUGCCUACAGCACGCAUGAAAGUCGCUUUCGCUGCAUUGUGCCAUAUCCGCCGAAUAGCGAUAUUGAGCUGGAACUGCGUCUGGGAGACAUUAUCUAUGUGCAGCGUAAACAGAAGAAUGGAUGGUAUAAAGGCACACAUGCGCGUACGCACAAAACUGGACUAUUUCCCGCCUCCUUUGUGGAGCCAGAUAUUUAGCUGAUACUUUUCCUGAAAUUUAAAAUUUACAGUAAUUUCCUUGAAUCGCCGGCCGAUUUGUGCUUCUGCCACAUGGUUUCCAAGCUUACUUUUCGAAAGUUUUUUUUUGAUACCACGCUCGAAUAGAAAUGUAACAAUGAUUUUAUACAAGAUUUUGUAAUCAAAAUAGUUUAAGUAUUACAUUAUGUACUUAAGCAAAUGAAUAAUGCAAAUACGCACAUUAUUAGCGUAGGCCAAACUGCGCUUCCUUUUUGAUACUAAGUUGUAGUAGUAGUGUUUAGCAACUAACAGUAAAUGUACUUAAGUUUACACGUAUUAAUUGAAGAAAUAAAACCCAAUCGAAAUAAUGUUUU